AUGAAGCUCGUUUGUUUCUUUUCUUUCUUCUUCUUCUUCUUCAUAAUCUCAACAUCUCUCGCCGCUGUCUCUCCUCCAAACCCAACACUCUACCAAAACUUCCUCCAAUGCUUCUCAAACCAAACAAAAUCCCCACCUAACUCCCUAUCCGACGUCGUACUACCCCAAACCGCACCCGCUUUCACCCCAACCCUACGCGCCUACAUCCGAAACGCCCGUUUCAACACCACCAUCACCCCUAAACCCUCCAUCGUGAUCGCGGCGCGUUCCGAGUCCCACGUCCAAGCCGCAGUCCUCUGCACAAAGUCUCUAAACAUCCAGCUGAAAACACGAAGCGGUGGACACGACUACGAGGGCGUCUCCUACACCUCCAACGCCCCUACUUUCGUCGUCCUCGACAUGUCUAACCUCCGUAACAUCACCGUCCAAGGAGAAACCGCAUGGAUAGGAGCGGGCGCCACGCUCGGAGAAGUCUACUACAGGAUAUGGGAAAAGACAAAACUCCACGGGUUCCCCGCAGGAGUCUGUCCCACGGUAGGAGCCGGUGGUCACAUCAGCGGCGGCGGUUACGGCAACAUGAUAAGAAAAUACGGUCUCUCCGUUGACUACGUCACCGACGCAAAGAUCGUUGACGUUAACGGACGUGUUCUUGACCGUCAAUCAAUGGGAGAAGAUCUCUUUUGGGCUAUUAGAGGAGGAGGAGGCGCGAGCUUCGGUGUGAUCUUGGCUUACAAGAUCACACUCGUCCCUGUUCCACCAACGGUAACUGUUUUCAGAGUUGAGAAGAACUUAGACGAGAACGCAGUCGACAUGGUUUAUAAAUGGCAGUUCGUUGCUCCGAAAACCGAUCCAAGCCUCUUCAUGAGGAUGUUGAUACAGCCAGUGACUAGAAACAAGGCCCAGACGGUUAGAGCUUCCGUCGUGGCCUUGUUUCUUGGUAAGUCAAGCGAUGUCUUGUCUUUAUUGACGAGAGACUUCCCAGAGCUUGGUUUGAAACAAGAGAAUUGUACGGAGAUGACGUGGAUACAGUCUGUGUUAUGGUGGGCGAAUAACGACAAUGCUACACUGGUUAAACCCGAGGUAUUACUGGAUCGUAACCCGGACUCUGCGACUUACGGGAAGAGGAAGUCAGAUUACGUGGAGAAGGAGAUAACUAAAGAGGGUUUAGAUUACUUGUUCAAGAAGUUGAUUGAGGUUGGGAAGACUGGUUUAGUGUUUAACCCUUAUGGAGGGAAGAUGAGUGAGGUGGCUACAACAGCGACUCCGUUCCCACAUAGGAAGAAGCUUUACAAGGUGCAGCACUCGAUUAACUGGAAAGAUCCGGGGACAGCAGCUGAAAGCAGUUUCUUGCAGCAGACGAGAAGCUUUUAUAGCUACAUGGCUCCUUUUGUGACCAAGAACCCUAGACACACGUAUCUUAACUACAGGGAUUUGGAUAUUGGUGUUAAUACUCAUGGGGUGAAUAGUUACAGAGAAGCUGAGGUUUAUGGGAGGAAGUACUUUGGAGAGAAUUUUGAUAGGUUGGUGAAAGUGAAAACUGCUGUUGAUCCGCAAAACUUCUUCAGAGAUGAGCAGAGUGUACCUACCUUGCCUGGCAAGCCAUAG